AUGGUGGUCUCCUAUGAAGCGAAGUGCAAACAGCGCAGCUUUACCAACAGUAACUCAGUUUAUUAUCAAACAAAACAUGUGCUCAUGUAUAUUAAGGAUGCGGGGUAGUAAUGGGAUGUUUAUUUUCAAUUUUCAGGUUAAUCAGCCCAACGGCAGGACUGGGAAUACAUUCAGAAGUCUGAAAAUACCGAGAAUUGGUGGGUAGAUACUCCACGAUGGCAACACAUGGAGAUGAGGAUUCUGAAUCGGAAGUUGUAGGACUCAAGCUGAAAGUGGAGACACUAAAACAGAAGUUGAAAACAUGCAAAAGUGAAAUUCACAAGUUGCAGAAGCAGCUCAGUAGAACGGAACGGCUACAGAAGAACACAGAAAGAUACUACGAUGAUCUGCAAAAACAGGUUUAUCAGUUAAAUGCAGAACUCCACGAACAGAAGGGAGAAAAAAACAGAACUGAUACGGGGACACAAACUGAGGACUACACUUGGGGUUAUUACAACUACUACUAUGGAGGUUAUUAUCAGAGUGGGGCAGAGGCCACAGAAACGGAAGAAACGGCAUCUGAGGAGCAUAGAAACCAUGCAUCAGAGGAGCCGUCUCACACAGCGAACGGAAGCGUGACGGACAACAGCGGCACACAGGAGAAUCACAAAGACAGCUCUGAACCCAAGGAGACCGACGGCACCUCCAUUGCCGAGAUGCUACGGGCCACGGCGGAAGAGGCUGUGUCUCAGACCGGGUUUGUCUUCGAUGAGACCUCUGGGAUGUACUACGACCACAGCACAGGCUUCUACUAUGACUCGACCAGCCAGCUGUACUACGAUGCCAACACAGGGAUGUAUUACUACUUUGAUGUAGAGACUGGGUGCUAUCAGUUCCACUCCAGAGUGGAGUUGCCAGCAUACCAGGCAACUCCAGAGUCCAGCCAAGACAAAAAGAGCAAAAAGAAAAGAAAGGGGACUGAGAAAUCUGCCCUCCAGGAGGAUAAGGACCACAGAGCUGCAGAGGGGGACUUGGAUGGGAAGAAGUCACAUCAGAAGCGAAAGAGGACGCCGGUAUCGCAUAGAGAACGGAGGUCCUGUAGCCCAGAGCGGAGGUCCCGUAGCCCAAAGCGGAGGUCCCAUAGCUCAAGCGCGUUAGAGGAUGGGGAGCUGGCGAUGGCAGAGGAUCAUAAAAAGGCCAAGCGGGGGUCGCGUGCCAAUCACACUGCGCGGAAGAAGGCGCUUUCUGAUGACGCCUCCAGCGGGAGCGAGCUAGAGGAGGGCGAGAUCACCGACUCUCAGGGUGAAGAGGACACCUCCUCUGAGUCGUCCACCACUGAUAGCUCCAAGUCGGAGAGCGACGAUCAGGAAGUGUCAGAGGAAGCCUGGCCGCCAUGUGUGAGAGUGACAGUUGUCCGCUCUCCAGUGCUACAGACCGGGAAUCUCUACAUUCUCACAGCUGACAAGCCGGCCACCAUCGGGAGAGAAAAGGACAUGGAUCAUGCUAUCAGAAUACCUGAAGUGGGAGUUAGUAAGUUCCAUGCAGAGGUGUAUUUUGACCAGUGUUUACAGUGCUACGUGCUGGUGGACCAGGGUAGCCAGAAUGGCACCGUCAUCAACGGGAACCGUAUCCUGCAGCCUAAAGUGAAGAGCGAGCCCUUCGCGCUCACGCACGGCGACGAGAUCAAGAUGGGGGAGACGGUCCUGUCCUUCCACAUCCACUCAGGGAACAACACGUGUGACGGCUGCGAGCCCGGCCAGGUCAUCGCCCACCUCAGCCGCCGUCGGAAAGAGGAGUCAGGUGGUCAGGUGAUAAGCAAAGAGGAUAAGGAAGUAAAACGGCAGAAAGAACUGAAGCAAAUGAAAGUGAAAUACGGCUUGAAAAACAGCGAAUAUGAGGGAUCCAAAGCCUUGAAGAACUCCAAAUAUACGGACCGUGCGGAAAAGCGUCGCCAAGUCGUUGGGAGUGAGGGGACCUUCUGUAGAGAUGACGCGCCAGCCUCUGUUGACGUAGAAAUCAGUGAUUCCAACAAGGGACGGAAGAUGCUGGAAAAGAUGGGCUGGAAUAAAGGUGAAGGACUGGGCAAAGGCGGAGCAGGAAGGAAAGAACCAAUCCAGCUGAAGAUCAGGAAGUCCCAUGCAGGCCUGGGCGCUGCCACUGCGAUGUCUGUGGAUGACGCCGGCCUGGCCAGAACCAAAAACCAAGAGAACUGGGAGAAGGCGAGGGAGAGGUUUGCCGAAACGUGCCAGACACCGAACGCUUCCAGUAAGAAAGAGAAAGAUGUUCCCAAGUCGUGGGUCAAGAGUAACGUGGAUGAGUCAUCCAAAUGAUGCAGGAUUGCAGGAUAGAUUUCUAGUUAGAUGUAUGUUUUAAGUUUUUGAGAAGUUAAGCUGUUGAGAGGUUGUUACGUUGUGUGCAUUAUGUUGAGAACACAUCCUCGCCAUGUUGGAGAUUUGGUGUAUUCCUAUGUUGUUGAAAAGGACACACAUGCUGUUAUUACAUGACAUAUGUGUAAGUUUGCACACCAGACAGCUGACUGUAUUGGAAUUGUAUAUAAUAAACAUGUUGUUUUGCAGUGUGUGAAAGCAUUUCAUGAGAUACUGACAUCUGGAUCGACCGUUGGAUGGGCAAGUCAGAUUCUUCAUAUGGUUAUUAUUUUUCAUAUGGCUAUUAAGCGUGGUAAUCAAACGUCAUCUUAGCGCAGUUGGUCGUUGAGGGUGGUAAAGUGUAGCCGAGUGAUCCGAGUUUGCUUCACAUCUGUGGAUGACAGCGGUCCUCAGAGGAAACA